CUGAUGACAUGCAUUCACCAAACUUUCUAAAAACAUAAACUCCAGUGCAUCCAGAAAAUAUUCACAGCGCUUCACUUUUUCCACAUUUUAUGUUACAGCCUUAUUCCAAAAUGGAUUAAAUUCAUUAUUUUCCUCAAAAUUCUACAAACAAGACCCCAUAAUCACAACGUGAAAGAAGUGUGUUUGAAAUCUUGAAGUAAAGAUUUUUUAAAAUUAAAAUAACGUACAUAAGUAUUUAUAUUAUGACACAAUUGAGCUCAGGUGCAUCCUGUUUCCACUGAUCAUCCUUAAGAUGUUUUUACAACUUGAUUGGCGUCCACCUGUGGUGAAUUCAGUUGAUUGGACAUGAUUUGAAAAGGCACACACUUGUCUGUAUAAGUUCCCCACAGUUAUCAGUGCAUGUCAGAGUGCAAACUAAGCCAUGAAGUCCAAGGAAUUGUAUGUGGACCUCCGAGACCAGAUUGUAUCGAGGCACAGAUCUGGGGAAGGGAACAGAAACAUUUCUGCAGCAUUGAAUACACCAAUGAGCACAUUGGCCUCUAUCAUCCGUAAAUGGAAGUUUGGAACCGCCAGGACUCUUCCUAGAGCGGGCCACCCAGCCAAACUGAGCGAUCGAGUGAGAAGGGCCUUAGUCAAGGAGAUGACCAAGAACCUGAUGGUCACUCUGAAAGAGCUCCAGCGUUUCUCUGUGGAGAGAGGAGAACAUUCCAAAACAACCAUUUCUGCAGCACUCCACCAAUCAGGCCUGUAUGAUAGAGUGGCCAAACAGAAGGCACUCCUCAGUAAAAGGCACAUAACAGCCCUCAGCACCUCUCAGACUUUCAGAAACAAAAUUAGUGUCAUGUCUAGAGGAAACCAGGCACUGCUUAUCACCUGGGCAAUACCAUUUCUCCAGUGGUGGUGGCAGCAUCAUGCUGUGGGGAUGUUUUUUAGCAGCAGGGACUGGGAGACUAGUCAGAAUCAAUUAAAGAUGAAUGCAGCAAUGUACCGAGACAUCCUUGAUUACAACCUACUCCAGAGCGCUCUGGACCUCAGACUGUGGUAAUGGUUCAUCUUCAAGAGGAAAACGACCCUAAGCACGCAGCCAAUAUAAAGGAGUGGCUACGGGACGACUCUUGUGAAUAUCAUUGAGUGGCCCAGCCGGAGCCCAGACUUAACCCCAAAUGAGCAGAUGGAGAGAUCUGAAAAUGGCUGUGCACUGACGCCACAUCAAACCUGAUCAAGUUUGAGAGGUUCUGCAAAGAAGAAUGGGAGAAACUGCCCAAAAAUAGAUGCCAAGCUUGUAGCAUCAUACUCAAAAAGAAUCGAGGCUGUAAUUGGUGCCAAAGAUGCUUCAA